CAAUUGUCUAAUUAUGUCAUUUUGAACUGGGAGCAAUUUUAAAAACAAAGUGUUUAGUGUUACUAAAUUGAUUUUGUAAAUACUUUCUCAAAUAACAAUUAUAUAACCAUAUGAUAAUAACGUAAUAUAAACGAAGCAAAAUGAAUAAACUGCUAUCAUUAGGUCGUUUUAAACAAAUCUUAGAAUGUCGUUCUAUCACAAUGAAAAUAUCACCUGAUGGCAAGGAUAUUCCUAAGAAGAAGCCUAUUGAGAGUCGAAUUACUUUAAUUGGCUCAGAUAAUUCUAUUUCAAUUACUGAUCUCAAGAGUGCUCAAAGUUUAUCAGUUAGACGGGACUUAAAAUUGGUAAAAGUUCAGGAUGAGGAUACAAAAACGCGACGACCGGUGUACAAAUUGAUGACAAAUGCGGAAUAUCAUCAAGAAGAACUUUCUAGAAGAAAAGAAAAACAAGAAAAAAGAGAAAACAAUUUAAUAAAAGGGCAAAAGCUGUUGACUCUGUCAGCACGAAUAGCUGAACAUGAUUUGAUGACUAGAGUUAAGAAAAUAGGCAAGUUACUAGAGAAACAGUAUGAAGUUAAAGUUGUAGUAUCUGGUGGUGAAAAUGAAGAUGACGCUCAUUAUGAAAGAAUAUAUUCUAUAAUGGAGAAAAACCUACAGUCCACCAGUAAGAUUGUUCAAAAGAGACAUAAAGGCAACACUUUGAGGUUCCAGUUCCUGCCAUUACGGCAAAGUUCUUCUGGGGAUGGAAAGGACUCAAAUUCUAGUCAAAAUAAUGAUAAAGAUGGUGCCCUAUGACUAGCCGCCAUUGUAGCAUCUGUAUUAUUGAUAAAGUAUGUGAUGUUUAGUAAAUAUAUUUUUAAGGCGAAGCAUACAGAAUAUAAUACUGAAAAAAUCAAUGAAACAAAUGUCUAUAUUAAAGAGAAUUCAGAAUUUGAUAGUGAAGAAUUAGUUUAAUUGCUUUAACACUUGCAAAUAUAGUGUUGUUCAUUUUUAUUAAAUUAUUUAUAUUGUCA